UUACUUCUUAAUAGAGGGCGCAGAUAGGGCCUUAGAACUGAGCAGAAGUAGUUGAAUUAAGCAUUCAAACAUGACUCAAAUCCAUUCCAGUGAUGUGGCAAAGACUUCUGAUACUAAAAAAACAAAGACAGUUGACAAAAAGGAAAGAGGCAGGGAAAAAGAAAAGAGGAAAAGAGCAAGGUCAUCAAGUAGUGAUGACAGUGAAAGCAGUAGUGACAGCUCACCAAGCAAAUCAAGGUCUUCAUCUAGUGGGAGUUCAACUUCCAGUAGUGAAAGCUCCUCUAGUUCCAGCAGUAGUGGAGGGUCACGGUCAAGGUCUCAUUCUAGUUCAUCAUCAUCAUCAAGUUCAUCUUCCUCAUCUUCAGUGUCACCAAAGCAUUCUUCUUCUAAAAGGGAUCAGAAAAAACGUCCUUCUUCAAGGUCACCAUCUCCACGAAGAAGGAAACAAAGUCCCACUCCUCGGCCAACAAAGAUUCAUGUGGGUAGACUCACCAAAAACAUCACUAAAGAGCAUGUAAUGGAAAUAUUUAGCACGUAUGGCACUAUAAAAAAUGUAGACAUGCCAAAAGUUCGACCAAACAGCAACAUAACCAGAGGAUUUGCUUACAUUGAGUUUGAGAAGCCAGAUGAAGCUGAAAAAGCAAUGAAGUACAUGGAUGGGGGACAAAUAGAUGGGCAAGAAGUUACAGCAGCACCUGUUUUAAUACCUAAACCUCGACCUCCUCCUCCUAGGCCACCAACUCCACCUCGUAGAGGUCCACCCCUACCUUGGAGACGCUCCCCACCUCCUCGUGUACGCAAUCGUCGUAGAUCACCUCCUAGGCAUCGUUCCCCAAUUAGAAGACGAUCUAGAUCAAGAUCUCCAGUUCGUAGAAGGCGUACAGAGAAAUCAAGCUCCAGUUCAUCCCGUUAGCAUCUAGAGUUUUGAAACAUACAUUUUUGGUGUAAUAUUAGAUCUGUACCCAUUGUUUUAUAUUUUAUCUAAACAACAGUUCCUUUGUGUCUUAUACAGUUUUGAAAAAUGUCUAAAUAAAAUUAUUAUUCUUUUGUGAUAA